GAGGUUUUGGUUCAGUGGGGUUGUUCUGAUGGGAGAGUUUGAUUCCAGCUCAGCGGCUGGAUAUGGCCAGGGACUGUUUGUCUCUGCCUUUUCAUUAAACUCAGUGGCUGCGUUUUUCUGAAAGAGGUCACCCACGGUCUCCCCUGAGGGGUGUGAGAGAGAACGAGAGCUUGACUCACAUCUGACAAUGAUGUUACAGCGAGGAGGGGCCCCUGGAGUUGGUGUCACAGGAAGACUUUAUAAUGAGAUCGAGGAGCAUACUCAGCUUGCAGUGAGCUCUGCACUCAGAGAGACAAGGAGCUACUGAUAACCCAGCAACCGGAGGGUCAGGACACUCAUCGAGCAUGUCUCGCCUUUGCCUCCUGCUCCUUGCUUCCAUCUUACACCGUCUGGCUGGCUAUCAACACCAGGAGGAUGACAAUUUCCUCUUUUACACGGACACGCUUGAAGACAGCCUCCAAGCUGAAGCCGAGGCCUGUCCAUGUCGUAAAGACCUCUCACAUUGGGACAAGGCAUUUGUGAUGCUGGAAGACUCCCAAAUGCGACAGAACAUGCUCCUGCAUUCUGUUGACCAGGUCCUGGCUGGUGAACUGCGUGCGGUACGCUCCGAGGUGCAAAAGGCACUGGCUGAGGGCUCUGAGGUCCGUGGGCAUGCCCACCAUCGCCUGAAGGAUACAGCGAGUGCCCGUCUUGCCAAGCUGUUGGAACAGGCGCGUGAGGGUGCACUCAAAUGGCAGUUGGAGCAUACCAACAAACUGAAGGAGGUCUUCCUCUUGGUGCUGGGCCUAUACGAAAGGCUCGAGAUGCUCGAUAAGCGCCUGGCGAAGUCAGAGGCCAGCAAGGCAAUGUCAGGCAGGCAGACCAUGUGCACAUCGCUCAUCGAGGAGUUGCGGCAAACCCGAGACGAGAUGCGGACCCUGAGAUCUCAGAGACCUGCUCCACACUCAGAGACUCACAGCCAGGAAACUCCAGGAGGUAAGAGGCCAUCUUGA